AGCCGCUGGCUGGCGCUGUGCAUGGACCGCCCUGCAGGCGCACGGGCCAGGGCCCCGAUGCCAGCCUCGCUCAGUGUCCGCAUCUGUCUGCUCCUUGGGCUCGUGGGACUCAGCCACGCGGCCACAGAGAAGAUCUACAAUGGCACGGAGUGUGUCCCUCACUCCCAGCCCUGGCAGGUGGGGCUGUUUGAGGGUGCCAACCUGCGCUGUGGGGGUGUCCUCAUUGACCGCAGGUGGGUUCUCACAGCUGCCCACUGCACUGGCAGCAGGUACUGGGUUCGCCUGGGGGAACACAGCCUCAGCCAGCUCGACUGGACCGAACAGAUCCGACGCAGCGGCUUCUCCCUGACCCAUCCCAGCUACCAGGGAGCGUCCCAGAGCUAUGACCAUGACAUCCGGCUGCUUCGUCUGGGCACCCCCGCCCGCCUGACCCGCAGUGUUCAGACCCUGCCCCUGGCCAGCAACUGUGCAGCUGCCGGCACUGAGUGCCACAUCUCAGGCUGGGGCACCACCAACCGGCCCUGGAGCCCAUUCCCUGAUCGGCUCCAGUGCCUCAACCUGUCCAUCGUCUCCAGAGACACCUGCCAGGCUGUGUUCCCGGGGAGAAUCACUGAGAAUAUGGUGUGUGCUGGAGGCAUUGCAGGGGCUGAUGCCUGCCAGGGAGACUCCGGGGGCCCCCUGGUGUGCGGGGGCGUCCUGCAGGGUCUGGUGUCCUGGGGCUCCGUGGGGCCUUGCGGCCAGAGCGGCAUCCCAGGAGUCUACACCAAUAUAUGUAAAUAUGUGGAUUGGAUCCGGACAGUCAUAAGCUGCUACCCCACACGUUGCUUCACAGCUGCUGAGGGGAGCUUGGAGGGCCGGAGCCGAGGGAGACCCAGACCAGAGCCAAGGAGCGGGGAAACAGGGGCGCCUCUGAACCGGGAAGUCGUCGGACCGAGGGCCCAAGUCCAAAGCACCUGGGGCUCCUCUCUCCAGGCCAUGAAGCUCGUGAGACUGUUCAUGCUUGCUCUGAUGACAGGGCAUGUGGGAGGAGAGACCAGGAUCAUCAAGGGGUACGAGUGCCGCCCCCAUUCGCAACCCUGGCAGGUGGCCCUGUUCCAGAAAACCCGGCUGCUGUGUGGGGCCACGCUCAUCGCCCCCCGAUGGCUCCUGACUGCCGCACACUGCCGCAAGCCCCAGUACUUGGUCCAUCUGGGAGAACAUAACCUCCAGCGACAGGAUGGCUGUGAGCAGAUGCGGACGGCCACGGAGUCCUUCCCGCACCCCGACUUCAACAACAGCCUCCCCAACAAAGACCACCGCAAUGACAUCAUGCUGGUGAAGAUGGCCACGCCUGCCCUCAUCACCCGGGCAGUGAAACCCCUCACCCUGUCAUCACGCUGUGUCGCGGCUGGCACCCGCUGCCUCAUCUCUGGCUGGGGCACCACGUCCAGCCCCCAGUUGCACCUGCCCCAUACCCUGCGCUGCGCCAACAUCACCAUCAUCGAGCAUAAGGAGUGUGAGAACGCCUACCCUGGCAACAUCACGGACACCAUGGUGUGUGCCAGCGUCCGGGAAGAGGGCAAAGACUCCUGCCAGGGCGACUCUGGAGGCCCUCUGGUCUGCAAUGGGUCUCUUCAAGGCAUUAUCUCCUGGGGCCAGGAUCCAUGCGCUGUUACCAAAAAGCCUGGCGUCUACACGAAAGUCUGCAAAUAUGUGGACUGGAUCCAUGAGACUAUGAACAGGAAUUAGCCGAGACCAGCCCAGCAGAGCAGGACACGCCUGAUUUUCCCCCACCCCAAACCCCCAUCUCCACCAGUCAGUGAAUAAUAAAGG